AAAGAGAGGCUGCAACCACAAAGAUAAUAAGAGCACUAAAAUCAAUUGCAGUUAACAGGACGGUGCAGUGCUCUCCUAUGGCCCCAGUGAGGGCAGGGGUGGCUCAGCCCCUGAACUGUGGUCAACUGGGUUUCGAACUGUGGAACUGUGGAUCAUUAUACAGCCGUUUUCAAAGUUAAAAAGGUCUGAGGAAUACAUAGGUUCUGAGGUCUCCUGACUGUGGCUUAAUUUUACUUUUUAUGGCGACGUAUAUAAAGAGCGAUGCUUAACAAUUAUUUUUAAGAGACAUAUCCCUUUAAGUAGGUAUGCAUUAUUUUUCUUACAACGGGUCUUAGGAACCGAGGUCAGCGUGAACUCCUUUCAGUGGCACAGUGACACUAACGGCAGCCCGGGCGGAGGGCACGGACCGCCAAGCCGCCAGGCAAAGCCGAGCGCUUCCGCAGCCGGAAACCCGCGCGAGUGCGGAAGGGGUGGGGAAGAGAGCGAGCUGCGCAUGCGCCGCCCUACGGCCGCCAUUCAGCUGUUGGGCGGCACGCGACCCUCCGCCCUCGCGCGCACCGUGUGACGUCGCUGAGGAAGAAGCCGCCGUGUCGGAGGCGGCAGAUUCGCCAUAAUCCGCCGCUUGGCCAAUCUCACCCCCCACCGUCUCCAUCGAUCAAAACAUAUAUAUAUUUUUAUAAGGAGGAGCGGCACGGCACAUGUGAAGCCCAGCCUGCUGGUGCGAAAGUGUUCUUUUUGUGUGUUUUUUUUUUUUUUUUUUGACAACGCCGCCGCGCUUCGCUUCCAGCCAGCUCUCCCGCUGCCCCUCAGCCCCAACCCCGCCGCGGUUAUGGAGGCUGCGGCUGCAGGGAUCAAUUCCAUCUUCAUGUGUAAGCUUUGUAACUUAUUUUCACCAAAUCAGUCAGAACUAUUGUCUCACGUCUCUGCAAAGCACUCAGAAGAAGGGACUAAUGUGGACGACAUCAUUAUUCCACUCCAGCCUCUAACAGCACCAACGGACAUAAACAGAAAUGGAGAAGAGCUUCUUGCAGUGAAGAAGAAAAGGGGCAGGCCAAAAGGAUCUACUAAGAAGUUAUGUGUGGAUGAAGAUGUUGCAGAAAAUAACUCUGUUCUGAACGAAGAAGCUCAACCUGGGACAGAAGAAGGACCAGAAGUGGCUGAAGUCUCACCAGGCAGCUUGGAAUGUAGGAAAUGUAAUCGGAAGUUCUCUAACAUGCGUCAGCUGAGGAAACAUAUCUGCAUUAUUGUUUUGAAUGAAGGAGAAGAAGAAGGAGAUGGAGGUAAUGAUUCUGACGUUGACCUUGACAGGAAGGAAGAUGAGCGAGAAAAAACUCCCAAAAGGCCCAGAGUACAGAAAACAGAGAAAACUCCAUCAACUAAGGAGACUGAACAAGUUCCAGGAGCUAAAAAUCCUAUAAUAAGUGUGGUUUUGACAGCCCAUGAAGCUAUUCCAGGAGCCACAAAAAUUGUUCCAGUUGAGGCUGCUCCCCAAGAAAGCGAACCCACUACUCCUGAAACAGUGGUUCAAGACCCAUCGCAACGAAGAGGAUAUCAAGAAUAUGCAAUUCAACAGACUCCAUAUGAACAGACAAUGAAAUCAAGCAGGUUGGGUCCAACUCAGCUAAAGAUCUUCACAUGUGAAUACUGCAACAAGGUGUUCAAAUUCAAACACUCCCUCCAAGCACAUUUGAGGAUUCAUACAAAUGAAAAGCCAUACAAGUGUUCAUACUGCAAUUAUGCCAGUGCAAUCAAAGCCAACCUUAAUGUUCACAUGCGGAAACAUACAGGGGAGAAAUUUAGCUGCGACUAUUGUACGUUCACAUGUCUCAGCAAAGGCCAUCUCAAAGUCCAUAUUGAAAGAGUUCACAAGAAAAUUAAGCAGCAUUGUCGCUUCUGCAAAAAGAAAUACUCAGAUGUUAAAAAUUUGAUCAAGCAUAUCAAGGAAACACAUGACCUUCAAGAUAAGAAGGUGAAAGAUGUUUUUGACGAACUUCGCUUGAUGACAAGAGAGGGCAAAAGACAACUUCUUUAUGACUGCCAUAUAUGCGAACGCAAAUUUAAAAACGAACUCGAUCGAGACCGUCACAUGCUUGUCCAUGGUGAUGAAAGGCCCUUUGCUUGUGAGCUCUGUGGUCAUGGAGCAACUAAAUACCAAGCUCUUGAGCUUCAUGUUCGAAAACACCCAUUUGUCUAUGUGUGUUCUGUGUGCCUGAUGAAAUUUGUCAGUUCUGUAAGACUGCGUGCUCACAUCAAAGAAGUACAUGCAGAUUUGCAGGAAACUUCUGUUUUUAAUAGUUCCAUCAAUCAGAGUUUCUGCCUGCUUGAACCAGGAGGUGAUAUACAGCCAGAAGCACUUGGUGAACAGCUAUCACAAACUGCAGAUGAAUUGACUAUCAUGAGUACUAAUGCUGUUAACACACCAUCUACUUGCACAGAUGAAUUGAUAGCAGCAGAUGUGAACCAUAAUGAUCAGCAUAAUGGUGACUUAAAAACUAAUACCGUUCCUUCCUUAGAAUGUGAAAAUCCUCUGGUAGAGAACGUAAGAGAGACUGUCUGUGAGGCAUCAACAGAGAGAGCAGACACAAACAUUCAAUCCUGUGUAAUGUCAGAUUGCUUUCUGCUGAAAAAUGGCACCUCUGCUCCCGAUGAGUUAAAAGAUUCUGCUGCAAAUGGAGAGGAAUCUGUUCACUGCAGUUCUGUAAGUGAACGGGGUGAGGAAAUUCAACUUUUGCUCUCUGAGGAUGCAAGUUUAAAUGUGAGUCAAAACAAUGCAGUGACUGAGGAUCUUUCAGUUUCUGAAGAGAAAAAUCAGUCUGUUCCUUCUAGUGAAUCAGAAACAAGCAAUCCAUCAGUUCAGAACUCAACAGGAACAACUGACCCUUUGCUAGCACCAGAUGCUAAUGCAGCCGUCAGUCCACAGGCAGCCUCUUCUAAUGCAGAUAAAUCAGAUAAUCGGAGUGGAGCUGUUGCCUUUAUGCAGAUCUUGGAUAGCUUACAGAAGAGACAAAUGAACACAGAGUUGUGUGAGAGGAUAAGGAAGGUUUAUGGAGAUUUGGAAUGUGAAUAUUGUGGCAAGUUAUUUUGGUACCAAGUACAUUAUGACAUGCAUGUUCGUACGCACACUCGAGAACAUUUAUACUAUUGCUCCCAGUGCAGUUACUCUUCCAUCACCAAAAACUGCCUUAAGCGUCAUGUCAUUCAAAAACACAGCAAUAUUUUGCUGAAAUGUCCUACAGAGCAUUGUGACUACUCUACUCCAGAUAAAUACAAGCUCCAGGCACAUCUUAAAGUUCACUCUGAGUUGGAUAAAAAGAGUUAUUCGUGUCCUGUGUGUGAGAAGUCAUUUUCUGAAGAUCGACUUAUAAAAUCACACAUCAAGAUAAAUCAUCCUGAGGUUUCGAUGAGUACCAUUUCUGAGAUUCUUGGCAGAAGAGUUCAGUUGAAAGGACUUAUUGGAAAACGAGCUGUGAAAUGUCCCUAUUGUGAUUUUUAUUUUAUGAAGAAUGGGUCAGACCUUCAGCGUCACAUUUGGGCUCAUGAAGGUGUCAAACCCUUCAAAUGUUCUCUCUGUGAGUAUGCCACUCGCAGCAAAAGUAACUUGAAAGCUCAUAUGAAUCGUCACAGCACUGAGAAAACACACCUUUGUGAUAUGUGUGGGAAAAAGUUUAAAUCAAAAAGCACUCUGAAGAGCCAUAAACUCCUUCAUACUGCUGAUGGAAAGCAGUUUAAAUGUACAGUAUGUGACUACACAGCUGCUCAAAAGCCACAACUUCUACGUCAUAUGGAACAACAUGUCUCUUUCAAGCCUUUCCGUUGUGCACAUUGCCAUUAUUCCUGCAACAUAUCUGGUUCCCUGAAGAGGCAUUACAACAGAAAGCAUCCUAAUGAAGAGUAUGUAAAUGUAGGUUCUGGGGAGCCUGCCGCAGAAGCCCUUAUCCAACAAGGUGGUAUUAAGUGUCCCGUUUGCAGCUUUGUAUAUGGUACAAAAUGGGAAUUCAACAGACAUCUUAAGAAUAAGCAUGGAAUGAAGCUUGUGGAACACGAUGAGGAAGCAAAGUGGGAGUUAACUGCUGAAGUUUCUGAAGAAGCAUCUACUCAGUAUCUCCAUAUCACAGAGGCUGGAGAAGAUGAUCAAGGUACUCAGGCUGCUGUAGCUGCAUUACAGAACCUUAGAUACACUUCUGAAAAUGGUGAAAGACUUGAUCCAACAGCUGUAAACAUUCUGCAGCAAAUCAUUGAGUUGGGAUCAGAAACCCAUGAUGCCACUGCAGUUGCUUCAGUUGUUACCAUGGCACCUGGAACUGUGACAGUAGUAAAACAGGUAAAAGAAGAGGAGCAAUCAGCCAAUCACACUUUGAUGAUUCAGGAGACUCUGCAGCAGGCCUCAGUGGAGCUGUCUGAACAGCAUCACCUCGUAGUCUCAUCAGAUGAAGUGGAGGGAAUUGAGACAGUGACUGUCUACACACAGGGUGGAGAAGCUUCAGAAUUCAUAGUUUAUGUUCAGGAAGCGAUGCAGUCUGUAGAAGAACAGCCUGUGGAGCAAUCUGUGCAGGAGCUCUAAAGAAUGGUAUUUAAAUGGGAUGGCUACUUAUUUGCCAAAGCCAAAACUUGUAUUUCUUUUCCUAACACAAGCAAAAACAAGCAAGCAGACAGAUUUUUGGUUAAUUUGUGAGGUAGAACCUUUUUACAGAUAUGGCUGGUUGGACUGUAUCAGUAACUUUCAGUACAAAACUACCUUGGACUUUUUCCUUUUUUUCCCUGGAAAAAGUUCCUACUGUGAGGAAAAAAAUUAUUCUUCCCCAUCUAAGAUCUCAUAUCAUUCCUGUAAAUCUUCAAAAUACUGUUUUCUCAAAAUUGUUGUAUACCACAAAAAAAAAAAAAAAAAAAAAA